UGGGGCCAGGAGCCUCGCCUGCUCUGCGGCUCCGCCAUUAAUCCAGCGCCCGGCCGGCGGGAUCGAAGAGGAGAGAAAAGGCGCGGCGCCGUCGGAUCCCUCCCCGCUCCCCAAAACCCCGCAAUCCGGGGACGGGCUCCUCUCCCCCGGCUCCGCUACGACGGCGGGACGGCCGGGUGGAAGCGGCCCGAGCAGCCGCCCGCUUGCGCCGGGAUUGCAGGAGCUCCCUCUACAAACCAAGAGAGGUCAACAUUUUCACAAGGGCUUCACAGCAUCUUCUGUAACCUGGAAGCUAACACGGCUUGAGAUUCCCCUCUGCCAAUCCAGAGGAGAAAAUGGGACUUGGGUUUCAAACCAGAAUUUAAAAGAAGCGGGGGGAAAGCUUCCCCUCCAGUGAGCUUCAUCGGGGCCGGGUUUUUUUAUGAAGUGUUCCAGUUCCAAAUUGGUGGUUUGAUAAUUCGGGGAGACAUGGAGCCCAAAUCUGGAAGUCCAGAAGGGGAACGUGUAAGGAAACCCUGUGGUGACGAUUUCUCCAAAUGCACGGAGAUGGAGCAAUUAGGAUGGAAGCUUUCGCAAGAAAUCAAACGGGAAUCUUUCCGAGGGUUGCAGCAACCCUGGAAAACCCAAUGGCAGGACUUCCUGAAGACCUUGCCGUCUCCCCACAUGGGAAGGGAGGAGGACUCUGAGAUGCUGGCCAGCGCCCCUUGGGAUGACCCCAAGGCCUUCCUGAUCUCCUUUGAGCAGGUGGCCCAAGCCUGCCAGUGGCCCACGGGCGAGUGGGUGCCUCGACUCCUGCCAGCCCUGAGCGGGGAAGCGAAGCAGGCCUUCAGCGGCUUAGAAGCAAAGGACAAGGAGGAUUAUGGGAAAGUGAAGGCGGCCAUCUUGAGAGGGGAAGCCAUCAGGAUCGAGGUGCAACGGCAGCACUUCCGGCAGUUCCGCUUCCAGGAGAUCGAAGACCCGCGUAGGGUUUACGGACAACUGCAGAGGCUUUGCCGCCAGUGGCUGAAGCCGGAGAGACGCACCAAAGAACAGAUCCUGGAGCUGCUGAUCCUGGAGCAGUUCCUGGCCAGCCUCCCACCGGAGCUCCAGAGCUCGAUCCGAGCAGGAGGGUCGGACACAUGUUCCCAGGCGGUGGCCCUGAUAGAGAAUUUCCUGCUGAACCGGCAGGAGGUUAAGGAGCCGUCGCAGGAGGCCAUCGCCAAGAGUUCCCUGGGUGAAGAGAGGGUCACCUUGGAUGUUGAUGAGGAAGAGAUCUACGAAGACAUUAAACAGAACAAUAACGGAGUAAUCCAUUUGUUGGGUAAUGGAAGCAAAGACUGUGGCGAUUCCAGCUCCUUGCUUCCUCCCGAGGGAGAGGAAACGGAUCAAGCUUCUCCUAGUAAGGAGCUCAUGGACUUGAAAGACGCUGGUGUUUCGCUGAAUGUGGUUGAGCCCACCCCGAUCCAGUCGGGCCAGCAGACCAUGUUCUGGCAAGUCAUGCAGGAAGAGGACGGGGAUGCAGAGUCUUUGGAGGGACUCUUGGUGCCCAAACCAGACCUGGCUUCCAAUCCAGAAGAAGGAGAAGAAGAGCCGAGUUAUAUCCAGUUUCCUGUUGACAGCGAGAGAAUUCCAAAUCACGAAACAGGACCCAAGGACUCUUCGCUUUCGGAGGCUGCGCCCAGACCGUCAGGAGGCGCCCGGUUCUCCCGGAACAUCUCUUGCCCCCUCCGGGAUUUCACGGGCUCCCACUGGAAGCAUCCCCGCUGGACAGACGACGAAAUCCAAGCUUUUAUUGAGAUCUGGGGGGACACAUCUGUACAGCGAGCCCUCUUCUCCAACUACCGGACGGUCUCUCAGUUUGAGUGGAUCUCAUGCCAGAUGAAGGCCCGGGGUUACGACCGGAAUUGGCUCCAGUGCCGGGAAAAAGCCAAACAUCUCCGGAAAAGCUACAAGGAUUGCCUCGGAGGGCACAGCCACUGGGGAUCUGGGAGGAGAGCGUGGCCUUUUUUCAACCAGCUGAAUCAAUUCCUGCGGGUUGAGCAGGAGCUGGUGGUUCCGCGGGAGAUCGGGCGUAAGGAGGUCCAGCAUCAUCUCGUGGACCGCCGGCGCAAAAGAGUGAAGAACGCGGCCGGUCCGGUGGCCAAAACUGCCCAGGUUCAAGUGGAGGUAGAAGCCCGUGAGCUGCAGUCAAAGAAGCAGGCAAAGCAUCCCCCUCGCUUGUCCAAUGGGACUUCCCGCUCAGGAAGCCAAAAGCCACCGCUGACCAACGCCGAACGGAUGAGAAAUAUUCGCAAGUCCUGGCAGGAAAGGAGAGCAGACGUCGGUCAAGCCAGAGGUGGAAUUGGGGACUCUGCGACCGGAAGCCCUUUCAUGGACCCAGCCCUACCGGGAUCCCACAAGGCUGACCCGGCACCCUCGAGUGAAAUCGAGAAGGCAUGGGAAGAGUGCGAAAGGAAAGCGGUGGAGAAGCUGGAAGGCUACUUACGCGAGAAAGGCUGGAAACUACAAACCGGGCACUCGAGCCGGACCGGAAUUCUCCAGGAUGUCUUGUCUAUCGUUUGCAAGGGCCGUACGGCUCCGUCUCUGCCCGUUCUUACUUCCCCUGCCCAAGAGCCCCCCUUUUCUUCCCCGACGCCCCGUUCUGAAACAUCGACAGAGUCCCAAGUCUCAGCAGAGCCGUGCAAAAAUUCAGAGGCCUCUUCGGCUUCUCCUCCUCCUCCUCCUCCUCUUCCUCCCUCUUCUCAGGGCAGCUUGUCGGACAGAAGCAUUCGCCUGAAAAGGAAGCGUUCUCUGCCGGCACGGUUUCAGUGCUGACCUCGUUUUAUUCCCUUUUCGGGUUUGUGCGUUAGCUGGUGACGAAAAGAGGCCUUGGAUGCAACUGAAGAGCUCCCAAAUGGAAGGGGAGACGCUUACCGAAUUCUCACAGUGGAACAUUCCUGCAACAACAACCGUUCACGAACAAAGUUGCGAGACCCACGUGGAGCUGGGG